UAAACAUUGAAAUGGAAAUCCCAAACACGUUUUCAGCAAAUACUAGAAAGGAAGCCGAAAAAUCAAGUGCUACAAGUGAUAGUCAUCAUGAAGGCAAGACCCAUUCAGCAGAAAUCAUUCACUGGAUGACGAAAGCAGUUCAGAUGGCAAGAGAAGCAUUUUUGAAAGAUGAGGUUCCAGUGGGUUGCAUCAUGGUCUAUGAAGGUCAUAUCAUUGGCUGUGGUAGAAAUGAAGUAAAUGAAACAAAAAAUGCGACCCGACAUGCUGAACUAGUAGCUGCUGAUCAAGUGAUUGAUUGGUGUAGAAAUUUAGAUAAAGAUCACAAUGCUGUUUUUAAGCGGACGACGCUGUAUGUGACCGUUGAACCUUGUAUUAUGUGUUCUGCUGCUCUCAGGCUACUUAGUAUUCCCCGGGUAGUAUACGGUUGCCGCAAUCAAAGGUUUGGUGGGUGUGGCUCUAUUCUCAGUAUCCAUAGUGAUGAUCUCAUUGGCAAUGGAACCAAGUUUGAGUGUGUAAGUGGUGUUUUUGCUGAGGAAGCAAUUCAGAUGCUGAAGGAGUUUUAUGAAUUCCAAAAUCCAAAUGCUCCAAACCCAAAAAUAAAGAAGUCUGGAAUUAGGAAUAAAAACAAAGGCACAAAACGAAAAUGUCAAGAAGGAGAUCUAUCAUUAGACACUGAGCAGAAAGCACAGAGGACUUGUGGCAGUGAUGCAGAAACUAAAGGAUUACCUAGUACUUUGGAGGGUGAUGAGACAGGGGUCUCAUGAUGUGACACCGGGUGAGAGAGGCCCACAUAUUCAACAGGGACCUGUGUUUUUGUGGCCUAGAUCCUGGAUUCACAGUCCUGUAAAAAAUACCUCAACUCCCAAAGCUUCAUGAAUACAUUUGGUUAUAGUGUGUCUGUGAUCUGUCAGAUGGGCAUAAAAAAUUGUUAUUGAAAAUUAACUGGAUUUUUUAGUCAAGCAGUGGUGUAAUUAAUUAGUACUUACAUUGAGGGAUUCACAGAACCAGGGGAAGACUUAGUGGGGGAGGGGGUGGGCCAGUCCUAGCCUUCUCCCUUCAUGGAAAGUCAAAAAAGAGGAAAAAAGAAAGAAAGAAAAAGAAAUUAUUGAUCGUCCAAAACCCCUCAGAGGUUAUUUCCAGGCAUCUAGAGAACAAAAAUUUCCUUUGGGGCCAUGCGGACCAUCCAUCUCUAGGAUAGUGUUGUCUCUCGAUCGCCCCCCUCCGUUCGAACAUCUCUGGAUCUGCCCCUUUGGGGGAGUGGUGCAAUAGUAAGUUAGGUGCCAAAGUGAAGGUGGGAGGGAUGAGGAAACAGGAAACUGGAAUGCUAGCUGGGGAGUGAUGUAGUAUAAGGUUAUUUUUAACAGCGUUAGUUUUCAGUGCGGGAGCGAGAGGCAUUUGGGGGCACACGCAUUGUGUGGUAAAUGACCCCACUCCACUCUAAAUGUAUGCCACUCUAUUCAAGUGUUUAUAUCUUGAUUUAAUCAGUAACAACAGAAACAGUUAGAACAUCAACUGGAAUAUUUCUCAAGAGAGUCGAGGUACCUGCACAUUGUAUAUGGUUGCUUAUUAAUUCAUGACCAGAAACCUUAUAAGCACCAUGCUUAGUGUGAUGGAUAUCGAUGCAAAACUACUUGAUAUUUUACAGUAUAAAAAAGGAUAUUAAUACAUAUAAUUGUGUAUUGCAUGUUACAAAAAGAAACCCAUUUCAAGU